GACGGCAAAUUCAUUUGCAAACCAAUUGCGGUAUAAACUACUUCGCUGGCUUCGUUCGCGUAUUGAGUGUGUUUCAUUUGCUAAGUGUUUUGUGAAUUACCGCAGCGACGGUAUCGAUUGGUCCUGUUCGGUCAGAGCACUUGCUCGGCUAGGUAGAGAUUGAUCGCACUAUCCGCAAGCGUGCAGAAUGGGCCUGCUAGAACAAUUGCAGGAACAAGGAUGGUACAUCACGCAACCCGGCUUAGACAAGCUGCUGGAAGGUGAAAAAAAUGGAUCCACCUCGAACGUCGACGUGAAACAAGUUGUGAAAUUGGCCUUGAAUACCGAUUUGAGAGAGUAUGGCGGCGGAGCGCUCAGCAGCUUAGCCGCACGGGGCACAAAGUCGGAAACAUUCGAUGGGCAUGGUGUGGUGCAGCUGGUAAAGCUGCGCAAUCUGGGCGCACCGAAGGUAAACGAAGAGUCGAAAGUAGCUCCACGCCUGCUGAAGCUUACGGUCACCGACGGACAAACGCAGUUCGUUGCCCUUGAGCAUGAGCACAUUCCUUCGCUCAGCCUUAACACGCCGCCGGGCACAAAGAUUCUGCUGAAAAAUGGUCCCAUCCGUAUCAUACAGGGUGUGAUGAUGCUGAGCGAAAAGAACGUACAGGUAAUCGGGGGACACGUUACGGCGCUGGUCGAAAAAUGGGAACUAAGCCGCACCAUGGCCAAAUACGCAAAGGGUGGUCGGUUGCAGUUCAGCACUUCCGGACCGCCGCCGUGGAUUCCUUUCGGACAGAAAAUCCAACAACCGGUAGCGGCGACCGAUAAGGACUUUAAGAGCCUGCAACCGAAAGAAAAAGAGGAAUCGACGGAAAAUACGGCCUUCAAUGCAUUACGCAACGAUGCCAUUGCGGAAGCCACGAAGCUUGGCACCAAGAAAACAUUCGGAGGCGGUGCAAAGCAGAUGGUGGACGCAAAUGUGCAGAAAAUAAUGGACAAAGGUUUCACAGAAGAGCAAGCAACCCAUGCGCUUAAGCAGACGCGUAACAAUGUCCACCGAGCACUAAGCAACCUGCAGCGAAUAGAAGACCGAAAACAGGCACAAGCCGAUUCGGCAUCCGGCGGUGGCAAAGGGGACGGAGGUAAAUCGGGAGGAAAGCGCGGUUUCGGCAAGCGGGACGAUGACGCAGAGAUGCAAUCGAAACCAUCCGGAAAGGUGUCACUAUUUGAUUAUUUUGGCGAUAUACUGCAGGAUACUGAUUCAGCAUCCACGACAGCCGGAACAUCCGGCGGUGGUAAGAAAUCAAGCAGCAAAGAAUCGACACCGAAUGAAAAGGAACAGAACCGAGCGCGAAGCGAUAGUGCCGCCAGGCAAACGGGUAACAACCGUCACCCACAAUCGAAGAAUCAAUCGGCGGGUGGCGCAAACCGUUCCCACGGUGACAAUGGUAGCAGCCAUAAUUCCACCACAGGAAUGGUUAAUGGCGGCAGCGCGAAGAAUUACAACCAACGUUUUGAGAACAAUAUUUCAAGUAGUUUUGCGAACCGCAACACAACCACCUCGUCGUCAGGCCGUGGUGCGGAACGAGUUCGCAAUGAUCAGCACAGCAGCCAGCAAGGACAGAGCCAAUACUCGAACCAAUCGCGUGAGACACAGCGAGAUCAGCAGUCCAGCUACAAGCAGUCGGAUUAUUACGGAUCAUCGGGCAACAGCCGUUACCGAGGAACCAAUACCAAUGAUAAUCAUUCCUCCAGUUCAUCCAAUAAUCCUUCCGCUAGCACCGGUGCACGGGGUGCAAAUUCGCGCGCUGGUGAUUCGAAAUACAACCAGCAACAUCAAACAUCCGGCUACAGUCAUGGUUCGCAACAGCAGCGCCAGGACGGUUACAACAAUAACAGCAGUAACAGUAAUGCAACCGCUGGUGGAAAAUAUAAUGGCAAAGGCCAACCAAACAGUAAUACAGCGGGCUACGGUAACAAUAGCUAUGGUUCGGACGGACGAAACCAUCAACAGCAAUCAUCUCAGUACGGGCAUGGUUCAGCUUCGCACGAAAGUCGCUCGGUGGGAGGUGGUAGCAGCGGCAAACCCAGUUCUGCAACGCAAGGUACAUCGAAUCAACAGCAUGGCACAUCGCAGCAACAAUCAUCCUAUGGAAAUGCAUCUAAGCAGCCCGGGUAUCACAAUCAGCACCAGGGCUCAAGCUCGGCGUACAACAGCAGUGCCGCAAACGGUAACAACGUUCAUAAUCAAUACAAUCAGCAAGCCAGUGGUGGUAACCAUGGCAACAAUUACGGCGGCGGCGCUAAUAACGGGUCCAAGAACUCUAACAAAAAUGGCCGCUAUGGAGGAAAAGAUGAAUCUCAUAAAUAUACGGGAGUUAAUGCGUCGCAGAGCACCGCCAAUAACACGCAGCAAUCUAAGAAAGGACCUGCAAAGACUCACGGAUCACAGCAGCAAUCGAAUACUGCGCAGAGUAAUGCAACCGAUCAACAUUCGUCCUACGUUUCAGCAGGUGGCAGUAAACAAGGAGCUGCGAACACGACCGCCAAUAGCAAGAUGAAUCAAGUUACGGAACAGAUGGGAGGUAUGCAACUAACCGGCAGUAAGGCGUCGGGUUACAACGCUACAAACACUGGUAACAACUCGUCAAAUGUGCCGGUUUCAUCUUCCACGCCGUCGGCGGCUAACAAACCUGUUUCGAUGAAACAGACAAACACUAACAAUACAAACGCCGCAACGGUUACGCCGCCUCAUGCCCCGCAGGUAGCUUCCCCUCCUGGAAUAGCGCCGCCACCUACAGCUGUUACCAAUGCGCCAGCCGGACCCGGCGGUCCAUCUCCUGGCGCUCCAGUAACCCCUUCACCGGGCGUCGGUGUUAGUGCCGGUGGGCCACCGAGCGUACCGAAAAAUUUCAUUCAGCUUCCGAAUGGAUAUAAUUACAAUCCAUACCAGAUCAUGGGUUUCCAGAAUAAGCAAACGAACGAGUUUGCGUUGAAUGUUCUCAAAAGCCAACAGCAGUUUGACCCGAUGCAGCAGCAACCACAUCUCGGAACUCCCGGUCCGGUUCCGCCUACUGUGUCGCCGGUCGGACCGAAUGUUGUUUCGCUGGCACCGAAUGUAACACCAUCUGGCGUACUUGCCCAACCGCCUCCUCCACCUGCCGCCGUACUCGCCACUGCCCCCAGCCCGGGAUCAGUUCCGACUCACGGUACACUAGGCCCGGCCACCAUGUCCAUGGCACCGGCUAUGGCACCGCCAAACGCUACGCUAUCCGCUGUCUAUCCCAGCUGGAAGAUUGGCGAUCGAUGCUUGGCUAAGUAUUGGGAAGAUGGAGGGUUCUAUACGGCGGAAAUUACUGACACUUCGAAGAACACAUUCGUUGUACAUUUUCUCGAAUAUGGCAACUACGAGGAGGUGCUGAAAACGGAUUGUAUUCCCAUCACACAAACAGCCACCCCUGCAGCACCUGCUCCGAUAGCACUCAGCUAUCAUCCCGCACCCGCCCAACCUCAUAUGCCGCCACCGCAUCCGGCAGCAGCUCCUGUACCAUUUGCUCCCCAUCCAGGCCAUCCUCAUCUUGCGCAUCAGCAUCACCACGGACACGUUCCUUCCCAUCAUGCGCCUCCAAUGGCGGCUGCACCAGGGGCGUACCAGGCUCCGAUGCAAGAUAUUACGCAUGGUGCCCAACACGCGCACUAUGCACCGUUCAAACCGGGCCCAAUGGCUCCGGUGGGCGCACCAAUCCCAACCCCUCCGGGUCAGGGUCAACUUCCACCAGCGAUGAACCAGUAUCAGCCAACCCAACAUCACCUUCAUCAGGCGCAGCAGCAGCAACAGCAGCACCAUCUCUCCCAGCAACAACAACAGCAGGGUGGUCAUAUGCCGCAGCAUCAUCACCAGUCACAGAUGUCACUACACGGUCAACAACGGCCUGGCGGAAAGUUUCGAGAACAGCGUCCGAUGUAUGUACCACCGGCGCAACGUAAAUAAGUAGCGGACAGUUUGUAAGGCCCACCAUCGGUUUUCAUGCCUAAGCACUUCUGUACCAGGCGCUCAGUAAGUAGUUUAGUGCAUUUUCUACUAACAUGAACUAACCGAACUUUCGGAAUUGGGCCCCAUAACUAACAAUGUUUGAAACACUCUUUUUAGAGCGCAGGUUGUUGUUUCGCCACUGCCAUUGCUAGAUCAACAGCAUCAUGGAUAGUUUUCCGUGUUUCCUUUUUUUGCAUGUGGAGAUGAAGUAAGAUCACUCAGUUGAUUAAAUAUGGAGAACACUGCUGUUUCUUUGUCCGUAGAUGCACAGAUUUUAAAUGUGGUAGCUGUGUUUGUUCCUUCUGACGACAGGAAGUCAGCCUGUGAGCGAAGGCAUUAAAUAUAAACAUUUUGCAAAAAUGUUUCUGUAUGUUUUGUUGUGGCCUGUAUUAUGUUUUACAAGUAUUCAAAUACCAAACACGCACGUAACUGAUCUUGGACUUCUCUGGUUUCCUACCUGCGCUCCACCAUCCGUUUCGAAUCGGUACGGUUGGAUUAGGAAUAGUUGUCUGGGAAAUUUAAAUUCGGUACGAAAUUAGUCACAAAAAGUCGCCAUUUUCCAUGUUAAAUAACAAAUAUUGGAAUCCGUACGGUGUAAGUUCGUUGGCACAUUGGAAAAGAAUCGAUUCCAAACGUAACCAAUACCGUUUCGCUGAUCUUUAGCAUACUACUACUGUCGUACUUUUUUAUGGUCUCUGAAAAUCAAUAUUUGAUACAAUCAAGCAGGAAAACAUUGGAAAAAUGAGAUAAGUAAAGCAAUGCGUUGCAUUGUGUGGAUAGAAUUCACUUCCUCGAUUGAUUGAAUAAAAAUGAAUGAAUCGUUGUAUAU